AUGGUAGAUCCGAACAUUGCUACUGAACCUGUUUAUUUGAAUAAUGAUGCCCCAAAAGAGGCUAAAGAAAUCGAGAAAGAAGAUGAUCCACCCCCGCCGGUAAAGCAAUGGCGUAUAUGGAAGAAUCUGUUCGUCAUUUGUUUAGCAUGGGUGCUUUUAUUCACUGCAUUUCAAGGAAUAUCAAACUUACAGUCGAGUUUAAACGUUGAAGGCGAUGUUGGAAUGAACUCGAUGGCUAUAAUUUAUGCGUUUCUUAUAUUUUCUUCGGCAUUAUUACCUCAUCCAAUGAUGAGCAUUUUCGGAAUGAAAUGGACAAUUGUCAUAUGCCAAUUUGGUUAUUUGGCAUUCAUUGCAGCGAAUUUACAUGCUGUACCAGCGUUGAUGUAUCCGGCGUCAGUUUUUUUAGGUCUUGCUGGUGCACCAAUGUGGACAUCGGAAGGUUCGUAUGUAACACAGAUCGGUAUGCUCAAUGCUGAAUUGAAAGGAAGAGAACCGGCGACCGGUGUGACACAAUUUUUCGGUAUAUUCUUUGCUUGUUUUCAAACAAGUCAAAUAUGGGGUAAUCUUAUCAGUUACCUAGUAUUGCAGCCUACGACAAAACCUUCCGUUCAAAAUGAAGAAGCAAACAAUGAUGCCGUUCAAAGAUCUGUGCCGAAUAAUUGGACGAACAUCACAAAUUUGACAGAAAAUGGAUAUCAAUGUGGAGCAGAAUUCUUAGAAAAAGAGUUUCAUGGUGCUGAAAGCACUCCUGUACCCAGAAAAUUGGUUUUUACACUUUGCUAUAUUUAUAUCGGCUUGGCAGUAGCUAGUAUUCUCCUUGUCGCUUUUCUGCUUGAUCAGAGACGGACUAAAACGGAUUCGAAAGGUGGAGUCAAAGCGUCAUUAAAGAAUUCAGUUCGUCAUAUGGCUUCGACAUUUAAACAUUUAAAACAUGUCAAUCAAAUUUUACUAAUACCAUUCACUUUGUGGUCGGGUUUUGAACAAACUUAUAUCGUUGCUCAAUUUACAAAAGGUUUUAUAACUUGUGCUGCUGGAAUCAAAUAUGUUGGCCUUGUCAUGAUAGUUUUCGGCGUAUGUAAUGCAGUCAGUAGUUUCAGCUUUGGUCAUAUUGCGAAACGUCUCGAUCGUGUGUACUGUCUGGCGCUUGCUGCUGUUAUAAGCUACGCGUUGAUUAUAACAAUGCUUCUUUGGACACCACACGAGAAUCAACUGUGGGUACUUUUCGUUCUCGCUGGCUUCUGGGGUAUUGCAGACGGAUGUUGGCAAACGCAAACCAAUGCAGCCUAUGGAGUUUUGUUUACUGAACAUGAAUCGGCAUUUUCAAAUUUUCGCCUAUGGGAAUCACUUGGCUACGUUAUCGCCUAUGUUUACACUCCUCGAAUCCGUAUUAAAUAUGCGCAUGCUAUUCUUCUAUGUGUGCUAACAAUCUCGAUGAUAUGUUACGUGAUUAUUUAUAUCAGGGAAAAACGGAAAAAGAAAAAAGUGCAAGACGAAAAACCACAAAUAUCUCCUACCGAUCCAGUACAAUCUACUAUCGUUACCUCAUUCUGA